UUUACAUAGCUAACUAGCAAAAGGGUUAGCAACCGUUCUGUCCAAAAAAAACCCACCUAAAUUUGUUUUUAUUUACUAGCAGUGUUUCGUUUGUUUUUGAGUCCCACCGCGCUUUCCUCCGGUUCCUCCAGCCAACCUCCACUCCUCAACCGACGACCCCGCCCCGCCUGACACCCCCCGCCUCCCCGCACUCACCUCCUGCUUGCGUGGUGGGCGUACUGCCGCGGGGCUCUCCCGGAGGUCUUCACACUCGGACUUUGUCAGUCAUGGCUUUCGCGGCGACGGCGGGACUGGGGUCUCUCCUCCUGGCCUCCUUGGUGUCGCUGUGCUGGGCUCGCUCGGACGCACCCCGCGGGGUGGCGCAGGGCUUCGUCUUUGACCUGAAGGCGACGUGCGAGCCCCGGUGUGCGCAUGCCGGAGUGUGCAUUCGCAACAACACCUGCCUCUGCGCCGCAGGAUACGAGGGAGACUCCUGCCAGCACGCCAACUGCUAUCCCAAAUGCAAGAACGGAGGCGUGUGUCUUCGUCCUGGAAAAUGCAGAUGUCCUCCAGGGUUUGGAGGGCGGUACUGUCACAAAGUGACGUGUGACGGCGGGUGUUGGAACGGCGGCGAAUGCAACGCCGUCAACGGGGUGGCCAAGUGCGUCUGCCCCUUCAGCUGGACGGGCUCCAAAUGCCAAGAGGCCAUUUGCCCCCAAGGCUGCAGGAACGGGGGUCUCUGUGUGGCUCCUGGAAUCUGCAACUGUCCUGAAGGCUGGCUGGGCGGCGCCUGCCACACUGCUGAGUGCACUCUGCCGUGCCUGAACGGAGGAAAGUGCAUUUCACCCAACAAAUGCCGCUGUCGCCCCCCCUACGUGGGCCCCCGCUGUGAGGAGAGGAAAAGACGCCACUAGGGUCAAGGGUCACAGAAGUGUCGGGGACGGGAGGUCAUUGUUGAUUAGACCAAUUAUUUACUUUUCAAUCAGCCGUCUUUCUUAUUGUAGAAACUGCUUUGUGUUUCUGUGUCAUUUGUGUUAUUAAACCAUGUGAACGUUGACCUGCACGUCGAGUCCGAACAUUUUUC